GUUGCGAAGAAGCAGCAUCUUCUACAUGCGACACGCUUCGCAUAUUAUUGCUGAUGAAAUUAGAGAAAUUACAACCAGUAGUGAAGGAAAAUACAUGUACCAAGCUUGUUCGUCCAGUGCAUAGCUCCGUGUAGUGUACUGAUCGCCGGGCCGGUUCAACAAUUGGCGAAUUUGGAAGGAAGGGACCCAAUUACUCAAGCGGCAUUGGACGGAGAACGAAUUGGAGAAUCAAAAGAAACAGCUGUCCCAAGCAGCAGCAUUCAUCAAACUGAAGCGCCGAGGAGGUGAAAGAGGCAGUAUGGACCAGACGGAAAACGAUCGCAAGCGUGCCAACUUUUCAGCGUUAAGCAACACCAACGGGGCCAUCAUCAAAAUGACCGCAAACGCUGGGACUGGCAAGCCAGGAGAUAUCAAAAAAAUUGUCAUCAAAAAUUUCAAAUCAAAACCAACACUGCCGGAUAACUAUCAGGAAAAAACAUGGCAAAAGCUGCGCGAGGCAGUGAUUGCUAUCCAGAUGUCGAAGCGUAUAGAAUACUCUUUGGAAGAGCUGUACCAGGCGGUGGAGAACAUGUGCAGUCACAAGAUGGAUUCGCAGCUGUACGUCAACCUGACGGCUUUGGCCGAGCAACACGUAAAAGCAAACAUAAUCCCGUUCUUGGGCGAGUCAGGCGAUAAGCUGGUGUAUCUCAAGAAGAUGAACGAGUACUGGCAAGCGCACUGCCAACAGAUGAUCAUGAUCCGCAGCAUAUUCCUGUAUCUCGAUCGUACGUACGUGCUACAGAAUCCGACAGUCCAUUCGAUAUGGGACAUUGGGUUGGAGCUAUUUCGUGAUCACAUCGCGCAGAACGGCCUGGUGCAGUCGCGCACGGUCGAAGGAAUUUUGAUAUUGAUCGAGAAGGAGCGACACGGGGAAACGGUCGAUCGGACACUGCUGAAAAGCCUAUUGCGAAUGCUGUCCGAUUUGCAAAUCUAUCGAGACGCGUUUGAGCAAAAGUUCCUAAUGGCCACCAAGCACCUGUACCAGUCGGAGGGCCAGGCGAAGAUGGAGGAGUUGGAUGUGCCGGAAUAUCUGCAGCACGUCGAUAAGCGGCUGCAGGAAGAGAACGAGCGUUUGCUGCACUAUCUCGACAGUUGCACCAAACACCAGCUGAUAGUGACGGUUGAAAGGCAGCUAAUAAAUGAGCACGUAACGGGCAUUUUGCAGAAAGGGCUGGAGCAGCUGCUGGAGGAGAACCGGCUGUCCGAUCUGACGCUGCUCUACCAGCUGUUUAGCCGCGUCAAGAACGGCACGACGGAGCUGUGCUCCCACUUUAACGCGUAUAUAAAAAAGAAGGGUCGCACAAUCGUCAUCGAUCCGGAGAAGGACAAAUCGAUGGUGCAGGACCUGCUCGAUUACAAAGACAAGAUGGACAACAUCGUCAAUACGUGCUUCGAGCGGAACGAAAAGUUUGGCAACUCGCUCCGGGAGGCGUUCGAGUACUUCAUCAACCAGCGAUCGAACAAGCCGGCCGAGCUGAUUGCCAAGUACGUGGACAUGAAGCUGCGCGCCGGCAACAAGGAAGCGACCGAGGAAGAGCUGGAACAGAUUCUGGACAAGAUCAUGGUCCAGUUCCGAUUUAUACACGGCAAGGAUGUUUUCGAGGCGUUCUACAAGAAGGACUUGGCCAAGCGUCUACUUGUCGGCAAGUCGGCAUCAGUCGACGCGGAGAAGAGUAUGCUUUCCAAGCUAAAGCAGGAAUGUGGCGGAGGGUUUACUUCGAAGCUGGAAGGCAUGUUUAAAGACAUGGAACUGAGUCGCGAUAUCAAUUUGACCUUCAGACAGACCAUGCAAAACUCGGAACAUAAGGAGCUGCAAAACAUCGACCUUACGGUGAACAUUUUGACCAUGGGCUUUUGGCCGACGUACCCAGUGAUGGAAGUGACGCUGCCACAAGAAUUGCUACAGUAUCAGUCGAUUUUCAACAAGUUCUACCUAGCCAAACAUAGCGGCCGGAAGCUGCAAUGGCAACCGACGCUUGGCCACUGUGUCUUAAAGGCACAGUUUGAUGCGGGCCCGAAAGACUUGCAAGUAUCCCUGUUUCAAGCGCUGGUCCUGUUGUUGUUCAACUUCAAUCUAACACUAUCGUUCGAGGAAAUUCGUGCAGCAGUGAACAUCGAGGCGGGAGAACUAAAGCGCACUUUGCAAUCGCUCGCCUGUGGGAAAGCAAGAGUACUUACGAAAAUUCCCAAAGGCAGAGAAGUGGAAGACGCCGACAAGUUCCAAUUCAACAACGAGUUCACUAACAAGUUGUUUAGGAUUAAAAUCAAUCAAAUACAGAUGAAGGAAACGACGGAAGAACAAAAAGCCACCGAAGAGCGUGUCUAUCAGGAUCGACAAUAUCAGAUCGACGCUGCGAUCGUGCGUAUCAUGAAGAUGAGGAAAACCCUUAGUCACAAUCUGCUCAUUACGGAGCUGUACAAGCAGCUAACCUUCCCGGUGAAGCCGGCCGAUUUGAAGAAACGGAUUGAAUCCUUGAUAGAUCGAGACUACAUGGAGCGUGAUAAGGAUAAUCAAAAUCAGUACAAUUACGUCGCGUAAUUCCUCACCCCACGGAGUGUGGUCACGGAGUACAAUCGCAGUGCAGUCCGUUUUUUCCGAUUCGCUGGAACUGGAACACCAAAACAAAAAGUGUGUGGUAGGAGUUUUUCAUUACAUUUAAUUUUACUACUCUAAUAGUUAUUACGAGAGCUGGGCAUCCACAGCAUCCAAAAGCGAAACGAACGAGCGACGAGUCAAACGGGAGACUUUCCUCUUGUUUUACUUGCAACGAUGUUGUGUCACUGGUACUGGAAACGAAAAAACGGCACCCAGAAGAUUCAGUUUUUUUUAACCUUAAAACACAACAUAUGAGUUUAAUUAACCGCUGACCACCAGCAAAGCAUCCGGAACCGGCGAAGUUUUGGAGAAUCGUAUGUGUACAUUUUGUAAUAAAUCUUCGAGAAGUGUUAUAACGG